AUGGCUACCCCUCGUCGUCGCUCUGCACGAUUGAGCAAGGCUACUCAGAAACAGCGUGCCACGCCACGUAAAGCUCCUUCGACUACGCACCUCGAAUCACUUGUAGAACGGGAUGAGACUCCAGAUACUGGAGAGCCACAAUCUAUCGACAAUGUCCUUGCUACUCCCGCAUCCACCGACGCUGUUCAGUCUCAGCUCUCGAAGCUGUCCGGCCUCAAGACCCCACGAACCGAACCGCGACCCGAUCGAGGCGAGAUGCACCCUGAAUUGCUUCAUCAUAGCACCACCAAAGCCCCAGACUCUGGCCUGAAGCUUGGAUUCGUCGAUGUUCCUGCGCAGCCACGACAUUCUAUCGCCAGCGCACAGAACACUCCAUCAAAAGCCCGAUCGAAUAUGCCGGCAGACCUGUCAUCCACGUCGUUUGAUUUCAAGUUUGGCUCAGAGUCGCAGCUGAGUAGCGAGGCCCAAAAGCUGAUGGAUAAUGUCCGAGAAGAGGCCGCGCGAAUCAAGGCGCAGAUGCAAGCAGAAAAGGAAGCUCAACAGAUCAAGGACGACGAAGCUGAAGCGUCCUUCAGUGGGCUCAACGCUUCCGGCCGAAGAAUUGCGAAGCCAAAGGGCAAGGCUGGAAGAUUCAGCGACAUCCACAUGGCACAGUUCAAGAAGAUGGACUCAAUUGCCAAUCAUCCUUCCGCAUAUCGAGCAAAACCAGGCUUCGCUCAGCCCACGACACAGUCAUUGAAGAGAAGUGGGUCGAAGGCUGGCCUUGACGAGCUUGACCGACCACGAACUGCUGGUAAGGGCACACCAGGCCGAAUCCCACCGCCUUUCCUUGGCCGCCCAACUUCAAUCAGCCCUUUCAAGUCCAUCCCUGCUCAACCAGAACGUCUUGAGAACACAACUCCCGCCAAGCGCGCUCGACAUUCGCAGCUUCACGAUGUCUCUGCCGGCCGACCUGCAGAAGUACAGCAGUCUGCACGGCUCCUCGCAGCUCCGAAAGGCGUGUCGAGCAGUUUGCUGUCCCCUACAAAAGCGUCUUUGGCAAGAAAUACCACAAGUCAGAUUCCGGUUGCCUCGCCCAACAAAGUCCCCGGUCUGACACGCACCGCCUCUGUCAAAUCUUUGAGGACAGCGUCGACAGUGCCAAAGACUAGACCAGCUGCUGCACAGGCAGGAAUAUCCACACAAUCCCCAUCCAAGCUGUUAUCGACCGAGUAUCUGAAUCUGGAUAGACCGUAUCCGGCCUUGCCGAAGGACGAUUCAACUGCAGCUCGUCCCGACAUGGCAUCGCCGCAUCGAACCGGCAUGUCUGCUUUCGCCAGUGCUCAGAGCUUCUCAUCCAGACUUCCGAAGUUUGCCGGCCUUAAAUCAAUCUUGCGCCCUGGACGAAAAGCAGAUACUGCAGCGCACACUGAACAAAAACAAUCCACUCCCAAGCAUUCCAACUCCGACAGCGCAACCUCUGGCACUGGUUCUGUGAAGAAAGUUGAUUUCACCCCGAGCGUCAAGUCCCGGUAUGCUGUCAAACUGGCAGCAGGGAGCCCUAGUCCAGCCAAAUUACCGCAUCUCACCCCUGGAAAACCGCCAACUGUACCGUACGAUCCAGCUGCAUACGUUAUCCAAGAUGAAGAUGGUGACGAGGACUGGGAGGAUGCCGAGAGCGAGAUCGGAUACCCUACGUUGCCAGCAGCUUCGUCGAGCCCAUCCCUGGCCAAGGACGAAGGAGUCUUUUCUACAACGGCCAAAGAUCACAACCGUCGCGAGUCUAGCGAAUUCAAGUCAAUUUUCACCACCUUGCACCACCCGUCGCGCGCAGCUGCUCCAUCCACACUGACCUCAGUCAAUACCACGGUGAAGCAGACCGAUUCCACCACGCAUGCCAACAGAGUCAUGCGAUCUCCUAGCAACCACAACUUCUCCAGGCCUUCUCCUUCCACUAUCCGGCGCGUCCGCACUUCCGGCGUGACUGAGAUCGUGCAGCCGUUCGAAGACACUGAGGUCCAGACCGUCCCUCACGGGCUGCCUGGCAAGAAACGUCGGCGCGAGUCGACAGUCUCGGCGGAUUCGGACACCAAUGCCGACGACGCGAAGGAGAACCGUCGGAUCUCGGUCAUGCGUGCCGUCCCGGGCGGUUGGCAGGAUAGCCCGGCGCUUGAGAGUCCGGACGAAGGUGAAAAGCGCGGCGGCAAACGACUUCGAGUCGACAAGGCCGAGCACCCGGCUGCCAAAGUCGAAACCAAGAACAAGAAGCCGAGACAAAGCUCGGCACGCGAGAUGGCUAAGAAUAAUGCUAAGGAUCGCAAGAACAGAGGCAUCCUGAGUCUCAGCCGCUUGAACAUGCUCAGUCGUCCGAAGCAGAGAGCUUGA